AUGUCGCUGUCCUACAGGCCUUUGAAGUCAAGGAGGCGCAUUCUGACUUCCGCUCAGCAUCACCCAAAGGAAGACGUGAACUUCCAUCAGCGGCCACCAGCGCCGCCGGCUCCAGCACCGGAGCAGAUGAUGAGUCCCCUCCAUUGGCAGGUGGGAGAGAGCCACCCGAACUUCCUUCCCAACAGCUUCCAGCAGCUGAAUUUGGACCCUCAGCAGCCAGAAGCAGAUGGGGGCCAACAGAGGUCAAAGGAGCCUGAAAACAACCUGUACAGAAAGUAUGAGGAGAAGGUGCGGCCCUGCAUUGAUCUCAUCGACUCCCUGCGGGCCCUGGGUGUGGAGCAGGACCUGGCCCUGCCCGCCAUCGCCGUCAUCGGGGACCAGAGCUCGGGCAAGAGCUCCGUGCUGGAGGCUCUGUCGGGGGUCCCCCUCCCUAGGGGCAGCGGAAUCAUCACCCGGUGUCCGCUGGUGCUGAAACUGAUAAAGCGGGAGUGUGAGUGGACGGGGAGAAUCAGCUACCGCAACAUAACGCAGCAGCUGCACAGCCCUUCCGAGGUGGAGUGGGAGAUCCAUAAAGCCCAGAACUUCAUAGCUGGGAAUGGAGGUGGCAUCAGCCAUGAGCUCAUCAAUCUGGAGGUCACCUCCCCUGAGGUCCCAGAUCUGACCCUCAUUGACCUUCCCGGCAUCACCAGGGUGGCUGUGGAAAACCAGCCACAGGACAUCGGACUGCAGAUCAAGGCACUCAUCAAAAAGUACAUCCAGAGGCAAGAGACCAUCAACUUGGUGGUAGUCCCCUGCAACGUGGACAUCGCCACCACAGAGGCGCUGAGCAUGGCCCAGGAGGUGGACCCCAGUGGAGACAGGACCAUAGGGAUCCUGACCAAACCAGACCUAGUGGACAAGGGCACUGAGAAAGGAGUCCUGAAGAUCAUGCAGAACCUCACCUAUCAUCUCAAGAAGGGCUAUAUGAUCGUGAAGUGCCGGGGCCAGCAGGAUAUCACCAACAAGCUGAGCUUGGCAGAGGCAACCAUGAAAGAAACACUGUUCUUUCAGACACAUCCGUAUUUCAGAGUUCUUCUGGAUGAAGGAAAGGCCACGGUGCCUCUUCUGGCAGAAAGACUUACCACUGAGCUCAUUUGGCACAUCAAUAAAUCGCUCCCCUUGUUAGAAAACCAAAUAAAGGAAAAGCACCAGAGGGCGACAGAGGAGCUGCACCAGUACGGGGACGACAUUCCCAGCAAUGAAGGGGAUAAAAUGUUCUUCCUCAUCGAGAAAAUUAAGGUAUUUAACGAGGACAUUCAAAAGUUAAUAGAAGGAGAAGAAAUUGUAAUGGAGACAGAGUCCCGCUUAUGUAACAAAAUCAGAGAGGAGUUUACAAGCUGGGCACUCAUACUUACCGCCAAUAUCAAAAAAGUUAAAAGUAUCCUUAACGAGGAAGUCUCAAAAUAUGAAAAGAAGUAUCGAGGCAAAGAACUUCUUGGAUUUGUCAAUUACAAGACGUUUGAGACUGUCGUGAAGCACUACCUGGAGCAACUGAUAGACCCAGCACUCAAGAUGCUCCAGAAGGUCAUGGAAAUUAUCUGGCAAACUUUCAAGGACACAGUCAAAAAGCAUUUUGCUGAAUUUUGCAAUCUGCAUCAGACCGUCCAGAACAAGAUCGAAGACAUAAAAACAAAACAAAUGGCAGAAGCAACAAAUAUGAUCCAACUUCAGUUCAAGAUGGAGAAGCUGGUUUUUUGUCAAGACCACAUUUACGGCGUGGUUCUGAACAGCGUCCGAGAAGAUAUUUUUAAUUCCAUGGGGAAGCCUUCAGAGAAUCCUCAGUUGAAUCAGCCCCUUUUAAAUGAUCAAUCUUCGGUUUCCUCCAUUGUUGAGAUUGGGGUCCACCUGAAUGCAUACUUCAUGGAAACCAGCAAACGUCUCGCCAAUCAGAUCCCAUUCAUCAUUCAGUACUUUAUGCUCCAAGAGAAUGGUGACAAGGUGCAGAAAACCAUGAUGCAGCUACUACAGGACACACAGCACUAUUCCUGGCUGCUUCAAGAACAGAGUGAUACAGCUACCAAGAGGAAAUUCCUGAAGGAGAAGAUCUAUCGGCUAACUCAGGCACAGCAAGCUCUCUAUGAAUUCCCCCUUUUCAAGGGGUAA